UACAUUUUGCUACCCUACCGUGCUUGUCGACAGAUAAUUUCUACCCCAAACAGUCAUCAUCAUCUGAGCGCCCUAUUAUCUUGCUAUUUCGUAAUUUUCAAGAUGCCCGUCCUAGCCUCCCCUCGGGUGCGUUGCACGUUUGAUAACUGCGGUCGUCAUUUCGACUCCAUGCCUGCCAUGAGACAACACAAGAUUAUCGACCAUGACUACUGCAGCCGAUGUGACAUGGAUUUCCACGAUGAAGAGUGCCUCCUUUUGCACAAGAUCAGAAGCGAUAAGCAUAUUGUUUGUGCUGUCUGUGGCAGGGAGUUUCGCAGUGAGGGUGGGCGCGAUGCUCACAUACGCCAGUAUCAUCGUCCUACGCAGAACUUGGCUUGUACCGGCUGUGGACAGAAAUUUAAACAGGCAGGUGCCUUGGUACGUCAUGUUGAAGAUGACGAGUGUGACGAGAUUCCCAUGACACGGCUGCUUCACGAACAAUCCAAGAGACUCCUCAUCAGAGAAGCACUGAGAACUGGCGAAGGAGGUGGUUUGGUCUUCCCUGACCCCGACGGCCCGGACGAGGUCGACGGCGGUGUCAAGCUCAACGCAUCUGCUAGUCUCUUAGACAUGGAUCAUGGCAAUGAUAAGAUCAUGUCGCCGACCUCGCAACAGAGAAACAAUCCUAGCUCAAUUUUAUCUCCCUCGUUCGCAUUCAAGGACAGAAAGGGAGCCGCUGGAAAGAGCGUGACGUCUGAGGAUCCUUUGCCUGAGAUAAGGCGACUUUCGAUCAACCCGGGUGUUUCAAAUAACAACAACGGAAGGGCCCCAUCGGCUGUCGGAUCGUCAAGGCAGCGCAAUUCCAAUUCUCACGGCGUGAGUCAGGUUGACGCUGGACAUACUAUUCGCACUUUGGAUAAAACCUGGGAGCCCAUGAACUUCUUCGAUACGUUCCGCGGAAAGUUUGUCUGUCCCUGUGAAGACGAGUUUUUGACUUCCAAGGAUUUCGAGGAACAUGUCAUCGAGAAGACUAAUGGGAAGAGGAGCUUGCAGUGUCCUGGGUGUCUUCGCAUCUUCAAGACAGCAGCUGCAUUGGUCGCUCACUGCGAAUCAGCCAGUACGCAUUGUAGUGUCAAUACUGGACUCCGGUUUAGCCAAAUUAUUAAUGAUGUAAGUGGCGGGCUCGUCAAGGCAGUCGGCCUGAGGGACGGCGCCGUUGAGUAUGCAACUGGUGACUUGGAUUUGACGAAGAGGACUGGUACCGCCGCCAGGCAGCGGGACAUGAUGGAAUGGUAG